UAACUAAAUACAUUGUGUAAUAUGAAAUAUAGUAAGAUGUAUGUUUAUUUUAGUGGUUUAAUUAUUUUUUGUUAUAGGGUUUUAUUUACUUCUCGAUUGUAUUUGAGUUUGCGUCUUAGCCUGUCUCACUUGAUGAUUUGUUGCAAUAAUGAAAACUAAUUUUAUAUAUAAAAUUGACUAUUAAAUAUAAUUUUGUUAUUUUUCAUAUAAUGGUACUUUAGGUUCUACAAAUUAAUCAAAACAACCGAGCCAAUGGUAGUUUACUAAAUCAUUGUUUUUCUCAAAAGUGUUGUAAAAUAUCAACAGUAAUUUGAAAUAAUUCAUUCUCUUUUUUUUAAUAUCAUUAUUUUAUAUAUUAUAUUUUAUGUAAUACAUUAUUACAUUAUUUGCCCCCGAAUUGUUUUUUUUUUUGUGGAAUGUUUUAUUUUAAUAAUUUAUCUUCACAGAGAUUUUUUUGCACACUGACCAUGCAUUGAUACUUUAUAAUAUUUUUAUUUUGUUUCAAGCUCCAAAGCAGACAAAAAGCACAUUAAAAAUAGUCCAUAUAAAUCUAGCUGGUUAUUGACUGAAAAUCUCCCAUAUACUUUAGCUCUUAAAUAAAAUAUAGAUUGACAUUAAUUGUGGUUACAAGACACACAAGAACCAAUGGUUAUUGGCAUCAAUGACAUUUCCAUUUUUAAAAAAAAAUCUAUAAUAUAAUAUAAAGAUGUGUUCCACAGAAAAACACAACACAGGUUUGGACAUGAGGUCAUUUCAAGAAAGAAAGUCGCCAUGCUGGGAAAUAAAAGACGUAGGAAACCUCUGCAGGACGCUGAGCAUCACAUUACCUGUAAAACUGACAAGCCUGGGCUUCGAGAGCAGUUCAUCAGCAAAUAUAAAGGGCGUGGAGUUUUCACCACUGGAGCUUUUUUCAGAGGUGAUUUUGUUCUUGAAUACAGAGGUGAACUUCUGAGUUCACAGGAGAGUCUGGACCGAACUGAACACUACACUGAAGCUGAGAACACGUUCCUGUUUGAUUUUCAGUGGCAUGGCAAAAAUUGGUGCAUGGAUGCAUCUAAAGAAGACUCGUCUUUGGGAAGACUUGCAAACGAUGAGACCAGAAAUCCUACUUGCAAAAUGAGAACCGUUGAAGUGAGCAGAAAACCUCACCUGUGUCUGUUUGCUGUACGAGACAUUCUACCAGGAGAGGAAAUCACUUACAAUUAUGGAGACUCAGAUUGGCCAUGGCGAGUCAAGCCUUUGAAUAAAGCAUCAGCAGAAUCCACUGAUAAAAAGCCAGCCAGCAGUUUGCGCCUGCAUAAAUCCUCCCAUUGUGCAGCUUCUGUUUCCUCUCCGGAACUGGACAAGGUAAACAGCAAUGGUCCUCAUAAGCAGUCAGGCAAAGCAAGAACAUCAAGGAAUAAAACGAAGCAGUUUCAAUCAAGACUGUUACAGUCAUCCUCAGUCGCAUCCACAUCUGAUGCACCCUCUUCAUCGGCACCCUGUGCUUUGUUCACCUCUAUAAUGGCCUUAUCAACCUCAUGCCCUCCUGCCCUGUCCUCAUCACCGUCAACACCUCCUGCGCCACCCACGUCACCUUCAACCUCGCCUGUGCAGCCCUCAUCAUCCUCGCCUGCCUACAGAGGAGGAGAGUGCAUCAACAAAGCUGCUUGCGAAUGUGGCAUAAAGAACCCUGAAGCACUGUCAUCAACUAGGCUCAGGAAACACAUAGCAACCAUGUCUAAAAUUCUAAACCUUAAUGAGAAUGAAGCAGACCAACUGGCUGAUUUCCUUGGUCAUGAUAUCAGAAUCCACAGACAGUAUUAUCGGUUACCAGAGGGAACACUGCAGCUGGCAAAAAUGAGUAAAGUCCUAAUGGCCAUGGAGAAAGGAACACUGUCUGACUACAAAGGAAAGAAACUUGAUGACAUUGAAAUCGACCCAAAUGAGCAACUUGAGGCCCAAGGUGAUUCCAUGUCAAGUGAUGAGGAGGAUUCCAGUGACCUAUCUCAGUCAACAGCACCAGUAAAGACUGAUCAACCCGUUCAAUCUGAUCAAGCUGUUUCACAGGAGGAUCAAGGUUCUUCAAAUGCUCCAAAAAAGAAAUGGGAGGACAGUGAGGUAAAAGCAGUAGAGAGACACAUGAUGAGUUUCAUCAAGACAUGCAAAGUUCCUGGUAAGCAAGACUGUGAAAGAUGCAUUCACGCAGAGCCAGAAGCUUUGAAGCAGCGAACAUGGACUGGUGUGAAAAAUUAUGUGCGGAACAAGAUCACGACUCUUAAAAGAAAGGGUGGUUUGUAGGGAGGCACAAACACUUCAACACUUUGCACAUUAUGCUCUUUUUGUAGGAAAUGGAGCUAAAUUAAAAGAAAUGAGGAUAAAGGUGUAGAAAUAUUUUGUGGAUGGAAUGAAACAGAAUAUAAAGUGAAAAGUAAGAGUAUAAGAAGGCUAAUGAAGAAGUAGAGGAUAGUAAGAGUCAAUUUUCUUUGUUCAGUUUCAAUGAAGUUGGAUGAAAUGUCAUGUUAAACUUUUUGAUAUUUCUGUCAUAGAGGGAGGGGAGAAUGUAAAGAUGAUAAAAAAGGGAAGAGUGAAUAGCUGUGGCUGGAUGUAACCGAUUGGUGAGAGUUGCCGUGUGCAGACGAGAGAAGCUAAAAACUGAGAUGUGAUGUCAGACACUUUCUGCUUCCCGUAGUGAUGCAGAGCCAGAAGCUUUGAAGCAGCGAACAUGGACUGGUGUGAAAAAUUACGUGCGGAACAGGAUCACGACUCUUAAAAGAAAGGGUGGUUUGUAGGGAGACACAAACACUUCAACACUUUGCACAUUAUGCUCUUUUCGUAAGAAAUUGAGCUAAAUUAAAAGAAAUGAAGAUAAAGGUGUAGACAUUAAAAUUAAGAGACGCUCGCGCUGUUUGCAUACUUUACCACAGCUGAAGUAGAAAAAAUGCAUUAUUUUCCAAAUACACAGAUAUUUCAGAGACAUUUUCAUUCAAUACAUGCACUGCUUAAUACAGUGUCUGUUUGUACAAGAAUAAAGUUCAACAUAAGCCUAAAUACCAACGUAAAGAGGGAGGAGAGAAUGUAAAGGGGACGUAAAGGACGUAAAGUAGGAGAGCAUGUAAAGGGGACGUAAAGAGGGAGGAGAGAAUGUAAAGGGGACGUAAAGAGGGAGGAGAGAAUGUAAAGGGGGACGAGAGAAUGUAACGGGGACGUAAAGAGGGAGGAGAGAAUGUAAAGGGGGACGAGAGAAUGUAAAGGGGACGUAAAGAGGGAGGAGAGAAUGUAAAGGGGACGUAAAGAGGGAGAAGAGAAUGUAAUGGGGACGUAAAGAGGGAGGAGAGAAUGUAAAGGGGACGUAAAGAGGGAGGAGAGAAUGUAAAGGGGACGUAAAGAGGGAGGAGAGAAUGUAAAGGGGACGUAAAGAGGGAGGAGAGAAUGUAAAGGGGACGUAAAGAGGGAGGAGAGCAUGUAAAGGGGGACGAGAGAAUGUAAAGGGGACGUAAAGAGGGAGGAGAGAAUCGACGCCCGUGACUGUGCCAUAAGGCAACAGAGUACAACUAGAGUGAUUGGAGAGCAGGAGGACUCAGCCAGAGCAGAUUCUCUAGAGCGACUCACAAGCUCUGAUGAUGACACAGCUAAUCCACGAUUGGCAGAGUACACCGCUUGACAACGAUCACGUGUGUUUCAUGUUUCUUCUCACACCUUCAGUUCCACUAAGGAUCACAUCUGUUCUUUAUAACAGUAAAAGCUCUUUUCAUGUAGUUGCGAUAAAUGUUUAUCAAAAUAAAACAA